AUGUCGACUAAUAAUUAUGAUCUGCUCCAAACCGAUAGAGAAAAAAUCAGAAAAUUAUGGGGAAAAACCAACGCAGACGUUCAGGAUUACAUCAGGAUCUUAAAAGAGUGGCACAAAACGCAAAACCACCUUCCAGAAAUGCCUGAUGAUAACACGAUUGAAUUUGUAUUGACUAAUUGCAAGUACAGAGUCGAGAAAGCUAAAAAAACCAUUGACAGUUAUUAUACACUUCGUACGAUAAUUCCGGAGUAUUUCAAAGGCCAUCGUCCUACAAUGGAUGUUUUAGAGAGAAUUUCGAAAAUGUGGUAUUUUACACCAUUACCCAAGCUCACUCCGGAAAUGUACAGAAUAAUUUUUCUAAAAUAUGCAAAAGAACAAGGCAUUACUUUCGACUUAGAUGAAACAACAGCCUAUGAAGUCAAUGUAUCUGAAAUCAGAAUGCACGAGGAUCUUUCAAUGGGUGAUGUUUACAUUAUAGAUUGUGCAGACCUUUCGUUAUCACAAGCUACUAAAUAUACUCCCACUUCAAUCAGAAAAUACUUUACUAUAUUUGAGAAAGUUUACAGCAGUCGUGGGAAAUAUUUCCACAUUAUUAACUACCCGCCCUUUGCCUUACAAGUUCUAAAUAUGGCGAAAAUGAUUAUAAAGAAAAAAAUAUUCGAUCGUGUCAAACUCCAUUCGAGUAUGGAGAGUUUGUACGAGUACGUUCCAAAGGAGUUGCUGCCCGCGGAAUACGGAGGAAAAGAAAAGUCGCUGGAUGAACUUCAAGAACUGUGGUUUCAAAAAUUGAGAGAGUAUGAAAAGAGGUUCGAUGAGUUAGAAGAGAUGACCGUAGACGAGAGUCUGAGGCCUGAGCCCUUGGUCGCAAACACUUUCGUAAUGUCGACGGAUAAUUUACUUCAAACCGACAGAGAAAAAAUUAGAAAAUUAUGGGGAAAAUCUAAUUCGGACACGGAGGAGUACAUUAGAAUUUUAAAGGAAUGGCUGAAAACGCAGAAGCACCUUCCCGAAAUACCUACUGAUAACCAAUUAGAAUUCGUUUUAACAAACUGCAAAUAUAGCAUCGAGAAAGCUAAAACGGCUAUAGAUAAUUAUUACACAGUUCGCUCAAUUUUGCCAGAUUUUUUUAAAGGCCACCAUCCCGUAAAAACUGAUGCAUUAAACAGGGUUUCGAAAAUGUGGAAUUACGUUCCGUUACCCAAACUCACUACCGAUAUGCAAAGAUUGUUUAUAAUGAAAUAUUUAAAAGAAGAAGACAUCCCGUAUAGCGUGCAAGAAGCCACAGCUUACGAAAUUAACAUUUUCGAAAUAAGAAUGCACGAAGAUCUGGCCAUGGGAAAUAUUUACAUUGUAGACGCUGCGGAUGUUUCCUUAUCACACGUUGCUAAAUUGACACCCACUACAAUUAAAAAUUACCUCGUAAUACUCGAGCAAUUUUACAAGAGUCGUGUCACAAAUUUCCACGUUAUUAACCAUCCUCCAGUUAUGAAGAGUAUUUUGAAUACGGUGAAGAUGAUGGCAAAGAAAAAAAUAUACGAUCGAUUAAUUCUGCAUUCCAGUUUGGAAAGUUUAUACGAGUACGUCCCUCGGGAAUUGUUGCCUAUCGAGUACGGAGGAGAAGAAAAUUCCGUAGAAGUGCUCCAAGAAUUCUGGUUUCAAAAAUUGAGAGACUACGAAAAGAGGUUCGAUGAACUGGAAGAGAUGACAGUCGAUGAGAGCUUGAGACCCGAGCCUUUGGUUAAUUCUGACAUACUGGGUUAUUACGGUAAUUUUAAAAAGAUCGAGGUGGAUUAA